AUGACCACAACAUCAACGACAUUUCCCUACCCCUACGCCGCGGCACCCGACAUAAUACGCGCCCAUCAGAAGGACGCCUACUUUAAGGGCACCCUCUCCAACACGCUCUCCGACAUUCAUCGCCGUCUCCUCGGCGCCCGCUCCGCCCACGCACACCUGCCAACAACGCGCGCCUUUGCCGAGACGCUCUACCUCUCGCUGACGACACUCGUCGGCAACCGCACGCUCGGCGAGGAAUACUGCGACGUCAUCCAGAUCGACACAUCGCGCCACGGCGCCGCCCGUCUGCCCGCGUUGUCCCGGCGCGCCGCCUACAUCCUCGCGAGCGUCCUGCUCCCGCACCUCGGCGCCCGCGCCCUGCCCUCGCUACGCACCCGCCUGCGCCUCUACCUCGAGGGCCGCCUGCACACAGCCCGCAACAAGGGCCGGCCGCGCGACGCCGCCGUGUGCCGCUACCUCCUCGCCCACCUGCCGACCUACACCUCGGCCGCGCCCCUGCACGCCCUGACCCUCGCCACCUUUUACUUCUCCGGCACCUACUACGAGCUCGCCAAGCGCCUCCUCGGCUUCCGCUACCUCUUCACCCGCACCGUGCCCUCGACCCCCGACCGCGCCGGCUACGAGCUCCUCGGCCUGCUGCUCGUCGUCCAGCUCGCCGUGCAGUCCUACCUCCACGUCCGCCAGACCCUCGCCUCCUCGGCCGACGAAGCAGCAGCAGCGGCGGCGGCAGCAGACCGCCGCGACGCCUCAUCCCCCUCCGCCACCGACGUCUCCAUGUCCGACAACGCCUACGCCCCCAACAUGUCGGUCCUGCUACCGCCCUCACCCGGCGAUGCCGCCCCGCGCCAGGCCCGCGUCGAUAUCGCCGCCCUGACACACACCCCCGUUCCCGCCGGUGCCCCGCGCUACGACCUCGACGACGCCGCCGUCAUGGCCUUUGUCGCCGGCGCCCAGCAGCGCAAGUGCACCCUCUGCCUCGAGCCCAUGCGCGACCCGGCCGCCACGGGCUGCGGUCACGUCUUCUGCUGGUCCUGCAUCGGCGACUGGGUCCGCGAGAAGCCCGAGUGUCCGCUCUGUCGACGGGAGGCCCUGGUGCAGCACAUCCUGCCCUUGCGCGUCGCGUGA